AGAGAUAAAACAAAAAUAGAAAAGCUUGGUGAAAAUGUUAGAAUCCAGAGCCGAAUCCACUUCAACCAUUGCACCAAAUCUCAAAGCGAUAGGCACGAGACAGCAGGGAUUAUGAGAGAAGGAGGUGGUGUAAUAAAUCCACAUAGUAUAAAAGGAGUCCAGAUUUAGAAUGAGAGCGACCUGGGUGUCACACACAGGGGACUCCACAUCUGCGCUUUAAAUGCUGUCACUCGAUAUAAAACGCCAAUCAGGGGUGGUGCUCUACUCGUGUAGCAGCCAUAGCAGGUCUCACCUGAUAUCGGUUACUCCCUGCUCUCUUCCUCUGAAGCUUCCCCCCGCCCCUUCAGGGUGUUUUAAUUUUCAACCUCAUUGAUCCACUUAGGUCUCAAUGCCUUCGCCCCCCAGUGACGGUGGAACCCACCCUCCUCCUCCGUGGACCGAUCACUCCAACGACGCCGUUCUCCGUGGCGGCGGCGGCCGAGGUGGAGGAGAUGGUCGUGGUUUGCCCGAUUCUGCAAUCGGAGCUGCUGGGGAUCGUCGAGAUGUUAGCAGAGAUAAGGAGUCCAAGGGCCAUGUCAAGCACUUACUAUCAGGUUCUUCUACUCUAGGAAAAUUCGAAGCAGGUCUACAAUCAGAUACCCUUGCUGUGGAAGAUGGUAGUAGCAGUUUCAAAAUUUCUGGCCUUUCAAAGGAGCAGACAAAAUCAUGUGUCAAUGAUGAUCAUUCUAAGUAUCCAAAAUUAGGCUACCAUUUCUUUCCCUAUGAGGAGAACAGAAAUACAAAAUCAGCUGUUGAUGGGAAAUAUACAGAGGCUAUGCCAGAAAAGAAAAGUGAAAUUAUGGAUGCUAGGAACACCAAACCAUUUAGUGUCCCUGGGAAAGGGGCUGCUGUUGUGAUCCCGAUGAGAGAUGUCUUUGGUGAGGAGGCUAAUAUUGUUCAAUGUUCUAAUAAAGAAAUCAAGCAAAUAGACUUCCAGUCACCGGAGGAAAUGAACCAAAGAGCAUCAAGGCUGGCUGCUAGUCUGUUAAGGCGUAGAAGUCUGUCCCCUACUGAUUCAAAGGAUGAAAACAAAAGGCCAGCAAUUAUUUGUCAAUAUUUUUCUCAAGGUUGGUGUGUCAAUGGGCCAAAUUGCAAGUUUAUGCACAACAUAGAUAGCAUGGACAAUACUAACCAACAGAUUGGGGGAGAUGUAGCCAUUGCUACUAGGAGAUAUGAAUCCCAAGCAGAUAAAGGUUUGAGUGAAAUUCCUGAAAGAACUACAUUGUUUUGUUUUCCUGGGAGGGUCCGCCAAUGGGAAAAUGAAGAAAGCCUAACGUGGCAUCAGUACAAUGGAAAGCACAGAUUCUCAUCUCUUCAAAGAGAUGACCUAUCUUAUGGUUUUCCUGCUGACUCCCAAAGAUUCCCCAUGUACAAAGAUGGUCCUAGAAAUUACGUUUCACCAAACACUGAAGGCAGUUAUCCUAUACUUGGGAAUCGCUUGUUUCCUGAGUAUGGAUCUUUCUCAGUUGGCUCAAGCACCUUGGCUAUAUCAUCAAAAACUUAUCAAACCAGCAGGACUUUAUCUUCCAAAGCAACAAGUCUAGAAGGAUUGGCUGGAAAGCAAAAUGAGUUCACACUCAAUGAUUAUGCUUCACCAGUUCUAAGCCAUCAGCCAAAUCCAAGGGUGGACACCACUCUUCAAACAACAAACUUGUUACCUUCUCAUCAGAGCUCAGCCUGGGGAGGAUAUUCCUUCUCCCAGAAUGCUGGUCCUUGUGUCCAGAAGUGUGUUGACAGUGAUACUAAAACAAAGUUUUCUUCAGAUGAUUGGGAGCCAUCUAUACCUUUUCGUCCAUCAUAUUUUUCUGCUUUUACAGAUAUGUCAUCUGCAAGAAGCGUGCAUGACACUGUUGGGGAUACCUGUGAGGAACACCCCUUAGGAGAUAGACCAUAUAAAGUGUCUUGCCCUACACAAGGGGCAUCCAUCCUUGGUUCAUCGCAUCAGCGGGUAUAUCAUGAUCCUGUUUUACCUGGGACUCUUGGCCCAGAGUAUAAUGCUGAUAUAGAAUCUAUUCAUAUUCAUGAUAAAUUCGAUCAGAGUACCUUGGACAAGGGUGUCUAUGGACAUCAGAGAGACUUCUUUACGAAUGAAACAGAGCCUGCAGGAAGUUCUGUUGCUGAACUUCAAGAUUCUCAGCUUAAAGAAGGGAAGCCUGAUGGCCAUACACGGGUUGAAGAUGUUUCAGAUCAAAAUCCUAGAAAUUAUAGUGAUGGAGCAAGCCACGAGGAGGAAUUAAAAAUGGAAUGGGGCAAGCAAAGUAAUGCAAAAUGUGAUGAUCAUAAAAUAGAUGAGGAUGUGCAAAAAGAAUCAAAAGCCCUAAGACAUUUUCGUUUUGUACUCAUAGAUUUUAUAAAAGAUUUGGUGAGACCUACUUGGCACAGGGGACAGUUGAGCAAGGAUGCACACAACUCAAUAGUAAAAAGAUCAGUAGAUAAAGUACUUAGCACAUUAGAACCCCACCAAAUUCCCUCUACCGAAGAAGCCAUUCAUCACUAUCUUUCUGUGUCCCAACCAAAGAUUGCCAAACUUGUCCAGGGGUAUGUUGAGAAACAUCGCAGGAUGAAUUCGGGCAUUUCUGUUCUAUAGUUUCCUAGACAUCCUACAAACUUGAGGGCAUGAUCAUUUUGUUCGUGGCUAUGUUCAGCAUAUGUAAAACUGAGAUUCUUGUGGACUUUUGUGAAUUUUCUUAUGAUAUAUCUUGCUUUGUGCAUUUUUUAUGCCUCAUCUUAAAAUUGAGUAAACUAUAGGAAUCAUGUUGUUUCAUAAUUUGUUGCUCAGCUUUAUAAUUUGUGUUCUUCUUAUACAUUGCAUUAAACUAUAGGAAUCAUGUCAGUUUUUUAAUUUAGCAUUGAGUUGUGUGACAAAGAAUCAAGUGGAUGCCACCUCAGGAUAGAUGGAAAAUUGUUCAAAUGAUUUGAUUUAAAUUCAGUUGCAAGGACCUUGAUUAUCAGUAUGUGCAACUUCUCUUGAAAGCCCUUCUCAAGUCACAUUAACUUCAGUACACUAUCAAGUCCUUGGUGCCUUGGAAUGAUAGGCAAAGGAACUUUUAUUUGCAAAACUAAUCCUUAUACAUCUGCUAUAAGCACCAGGUAUUAUAACGAGUAUGAACAGAUGACCGGCCUUUUGUUAUUUCAUAAAUAGAAUGGAGUAACAAAUUCCUCUGGACUGUCUUCUUAGAAGUCAGCAGAAUAUGACGUCAUAUUAAAACUCUUUUUGGGUAGAUUUUAUGGAGAUAAAAAAAUUCAGAUUUGUGGUUGUGUGAGUGUAGAUAUCUGAAAUUCAUGAUCAUUUUCGACUUUCCAGAAUUAGCUGAGUUCCAAUAUUCCCAGCAGUAUAUCUUGAAGUUUACUUUUGUUCCAUUGUUUAUUGUUUUUUCAGAUACCUGUGCUUAUGGAUGAUAUAUGCAUGUUAUUUUCUUCAUCAUGCUCACAUCCUAGCACAAAUGGAGACAUUUGGGGAAUGUUGGAAGCUGGGCUAUAUGAUGGUAGCAAGUAGACUGGCUUGAGAAAGGAAAUUGAGAUGCAAUAGUGUGUAGCCAAGAGAGGCUGACGAUAUAGUUCAAUGAUGGUCAGUAUUUAAGUCAUUGAAAUUGUGAAAAGCAAAGACACGAUCUUAAGCACUUAAUUUCAGCUAGAUUAAAUACUUAUAGGCCACCUAAAAUAAUUUAAAAAUAAAAAAUAAAAAGAAAUAUAGCUAGGAGUAGAAUUAAUUCAAUUUCUUGGUAUGGUGUGUCCUUUCACUGAUGGCUCAAGGGCAUGGCUUUCUCUGCAAGGAGAGACAAAUAACUGGAGAAUUCUGCUGCCAAACCAGGAGCUUGCAGUGGUCUGCUCUUUAUUUGCUUGGUUUCUCACUUCAAGAUUUGGAUUGCCAGGGGAAGCUUUUAUUGCACUUGAUCUGUUGCUACUGCUUCGUCUCCCCGUUGACCUGUCUUUGGAGCUGGUGUGUUUGAUCAUCUGAGAAUGUUUUGAUUGAGACAGAAAUGCUUGUAGUAGGAGUGGGCCAUUGGAGAUCGAUGUAUCAGCUGGGGAAUUCUUGAUUGGAUUAGUGGCACCAGAGCCUGGUUUAUCAGAAACAAAUUCAAAUUCUGGGUCUUGUUUCCUAGUUUGGAAUUGGAUUGCAUUGUUAGAUGGGGACUUUAGAUGCUGUUCUUGAACAGAAACAAGAGCAGUAAAGGAGAGAGAUUGGCUUAAACUGUUUUCUGUGGGAACAUCAAAAGAAGUCCUCUUUUGCAGGUUACAUUUGUUGCCUCCUUCCUGGCUUUGCUUGAGUAGCUGAUGUAAACGAGGAUAAAGAUUUUAUCCAGCUGGUUUUGUACUGGUGGAUAUCCCAAAGCUGUGCGGAUUAUUCUCGCAAUGCAUUCUUAUUCCAAACACUGCUUCAGCUGCUGAUAUGAAUUGAGUAUGGAGACAUAUUAUUUUAUGUUGAAUUAUCCUGACAUCACCAGGAGAGUACGGCAACUUUUGUCAUAAUGCUUCUUUGGUUGAAUGAUCUCAGUGGUGGGUUUUUCUUAUGUGCUGUGUCAUCAUCGCCUUAUGCAAAAGGCCAUGGUGAUAUUGAUGUUGUCACUGUGAUGGAUUUUCCAAAGAAGUGAUAAACUUGAUUUCAGUCGUUUUCAAUGGACUCCUACCUCUGUUGUGCCCUGUUUCAUAGGGAUGGCCGGGCGUUUGUUGGUAGCUGAUCUCUUGCUGGCUUGAUAUAUCAAAGGUUGCUUGAUUUCUAAACAUGGGUAGAAGACGCUUAUCCCUGUAGUAGCAUCAUCCCACUAACCAAGGUCAAGAUGUUGUAGAAUGGGUUCAGGUUAAGGAAAAAGAGCUUGGGAAGAUGGUCAAUAUUCUUUGGCAGUUACAAAGUCCUUUGGAAAUUGUCUGUACUCUGAACAUAAUAUGCAAUAAACAAACUACUAAAGUCUUUAAGGUAUUUGAAUACCGUUGUUUAGGAGGCCAUAUGAAAACAUUGAGAAGGCUAAAAGAAACCAAGUGGGGUUCCAUGUGCGUGUUUGGUUGGAAAACAGAAAGCGCCUUAAGCGAGAAGCUUGUCCAAAAUUCGGUUUUUAUGUCCCUAAUAUUUACGGUCGUGGGGCUCUGUCUCCUGUUCUACCAACUAUGAUGGCCCCAAUCUUACUACUAGAGUUGCUAUAUUUGGGACCCGAUUCAAAGCCUUUUAUCAGUUGAACAACCAUGGGCUUUAUGGCCUUGUACAUCCCUAACUUUGUCCUUCGCAUAUUCAUAUAUUUGACUUUGUGAGGAGUAUUGGCACUAUCAUUCUUGAUGUCUAUAGCUACACUUCAAAUUUUUCAUCAUUGGAGCUUUGGCUUAAUUUAUGUCACUUCUUUCCAUUGUUUUUAACUUUUUAUAGUCAAGGAACUAGCAGCAAAAAGGGAAGGAGUGGUGAUGAGAGCUCAAACUCUAACAUUCUUGAGGAGGUUUUGAGUCUUUUGGAAUGGGUUGGAUCAUGCUUGAAACGACCCCAUGUUUUAAGUUUAUUGAUAGUACCUCAUUUUGAGAUCGUCCAUGAAAAGACUCAAUCGUCUUCAACCUGUGCACCCAUGUGAAGGAAUCAUCUCAGUAGCUCACCUACAGAGCAGCUUGUGAUCAAAGUAGCCUGAAAUGUGGAAAUAAAGGGAAGGACACGUGGUGGAAGAUGGGUAUGGCUGAAGGAACUUUUAGCUGUAAAAGGAGACAAGGAUGAACAGAGAAGGAACUUUUACCUUUUAAAUGGAAGAGAGAGUGAACUUUGGGACCUCCGGAGGGGAAUUCCACUUCUCUGUAAAGGGGAAAACUUGAAGGAUCUUUGGGCCAUUUUCUGGGAGGAAACUUGAUCUCAAUUGCAGUCUGGGUUCUAGUUUUUCAGUUAAAUCUUGGGUUGAUUUUGAGAGCAAACGCCAGGAAGAGGGAGCUAUUUAGGAGGUUGUAACUAUUACAACUAGAGACUGCAAUAGCUUCCUUGGGUAUAAUUCGUCUCUUUGUUUUACUCUUUGUACCCAUUUCUUUGCAACGAUGCUAUUGAUGUACGGAUUUGGAAUUGUAAUGAGAAAGGUACAUGGAUUUAAUAA